CUGGCGGAAGGGGAAGUGGGGGGUGGGGGGGCAGGUGGCGGUGGGGAAGAUGGCGUACCAGAGCCUCCGGCUGGAGUACCUGCAAAUCCCACCGGUUAGCCGCGCCUAUACCACCGCCUGCGUCCUUACCACCGCCGCUGUGCAGUUGGAAUUGAUCACACCAUUUCAGCUGUACUUCAAUCCUGAAUUAAUCUUUAAACACUUUCAAAUAUGGAGGCUAAUCACCAAUUUCUUAUUUUUUGGGCCAGUUGGAUUCAACUUUUUAUUUAACAUGAUUUUUCUAUACCGUUACUGUCGAAUGCUAGAAGAAGGCUCUUUCCGAGGUCGGACAGCAGACUUUGUAUUUAUGUUCCUUUUUGGUGGAUUCUUAAUGACUAUAUUUGGUUUGUUUGUGAGCUUAGUUUUCUUGGGCCAGGCCUUUACAAUAAUGCUUGUCUACGUAUGGAGCCGAAGGAACCCAUAUGUCCGCAUGAACUUCUUCGGCCUUCUUAAUUUCCAGGCCCCCUUUCUACCGUGGGUGCUCAUGGGCUUUUCCUUGUUGUUGGGGAACUCAAUCAUUGUGGACCUCUUGGGUAUUGCAGUUGGACACAUAUAUUUUUUCUUGGAAGAUGUAUUUCCCAAUCAGCCUGGUGGAAUAAGAAUUCUGAAAACACCAUCCAUUUUGAAGGCUGUUUUUGAUACGCCAGAUGAGGAUCCAAAUUAUAAUCCACUACCUGAAGAGCGGCCAGGAGGCUUCGCCUGGGACCUUCUAAGCAGAAAGCACCCAAGUCCUGGAUCUUGGUAAUGAAACCCCUCACUCUGUCUCCAGGACCUGUGGAAAUUAGGAAAUAUUGGAGCUAUUGGCAUGUCGGGUAAAGGAUUACUAGAAUUGUCAUCUAUCCUUGAUAGCCUGCAUUUUAUGUAUGGCUGUGUUUUCCUUUGACAGGUGAGUGCCAUCUGUGUUGUCAAUACUGCCGAGGUUUCCAGUAUUCUGUAGGAUGUCCCCUAAGUUAUUUGCAUAAGCUAUAUUACAUAAAUUUGCUUUAAAGUAGUUGGACUUUUUAUGAUCAAGUCACUUCUCUGCUCAAAAAUCCAGUGACUUCUUAGCCCCCAUAUCAAAUGCAUACUUUUUGUCUUCCUUUGAAACUUCACUCCCACUUCUACCUAAGAGGCACCUCAAUUUACCUUUCUUCAGUCCUUCAAGGCCUGGCCCCUUUCCUGGCUCCUCAAGAAAUCUUGAUUCUGAGGCCUAUUUCAUUGUCUUUUUUGAAUCCCUAUAAAGCCGCAAGUCUGUAUGACAUACUCUUACACCACAUUCUAUAUUGUCUUGUACUGUUUCUAGCUGGUACAUGUAUGUUAGUUUUGUCUCCAUGAGAAUGUAAGCUCCUUAAGGGCAGGGACUAUGUCUUCAAUUUUGUAUCCACCACAGUGCCUAGCACAGUGCUUGGCACAUGGGUGCUGAAUAAAUACUUUAUUGAU